AUGGCGAGGCAACCCGGUCUGGUCAAGAGGCUAUGGUGGAGUUGGAAGAUGCUGCCGCUGCCCUGGCGGCGCCGGACGCUGGCCGGAUUCGACCUUGAGGGCAACACGUACUGGGAGUGGAAGAUUGCGAAGCAUGCGCGACGGACCCGCCGCAUAGUCGAGUACCCAGGAGGCGCCUACAAUAGCGACGUCCAUGUGCCUCCGCAGUGGGCGCAAUGGCUGCGCCAGACGCGCGCCGAAGCCCCCACCAUGGAGGAACAGCAAGCCGAAGCCAUGCGCCAGGAGCGCAUCAAACUGCUGGCCGCUCAGGCAGAUGCCCGGUGGGCCGCGAAGCCCUCUGCUGUCGAUGCGCCGGACAAGCAGCAACCCGUGCAGAUGUUGGAAUCGAGAGACCCCAGCACAGGCAUCCGGCAGAUGAACGCCGAUCAGGAGACACGAGAUAAAGCAGAGCCACCGAAGGCAGUGACCGAGGAAGCCAUUCGAGAGGAAGCGCCACAAACAGAUGCGGCUCCUACAUUGAAAACCAGAAUGCCAAUGCAAACAGAGCCCAAAGACUCGCCGUGGAAGAAAGCGGCGGCGAAAGGCAACCCCGGCGACGAGUGGCAGCCUUCAUCUUGGUCGCCAGCCCCCGCAAGAAAAUGA